GCCAGCGCGCGCGCGCGCCCCCGCGGAACUCCCGCCGGCGGCUGGGUUCUCCCGGAGGCGCGCCCGAUCGCGGCGGCCGCCAACAUGGCCGAGACGAGCGAGGAGGUGGCGGUGCUGGUGCAGAGGGUGGUGAAGGACAUCACCAACGCCUUCCGCAGGAACCCGCACAUAGAUGAGAUUGGCCUGAUCCCAUGCCCCGAAGCAAGAUAUAACCGGAGUCCCAUAGUCCUGGUGGAGAACAAACUUGGUGUGGAAAGCUGGUGUGUCAAGUUCUUAUUACCGUAUGUCCACAACAAGCUCCUUUUGUACAGAACAAGAAAGCAAUGGCUAAACAAAGAUGAAUUGAUAGAUGUCACCUGCACCCUGCUACUACUCAACCCAGACUUCACCACCGCAUGGAAUGUGAGGAAAGAGCUCAUCCUUUCUGGCACUCUAAGUCCAAUUAAGGAUCUGCAUCUGGGAAAACUAGCCUUAACUAAGUUUCCUAAGAGUCCAGAGACAUGGAUUCACAGGCGCUGGGUGCUGCAGCAGUUAAGUCAGGACACUUCCUCGCCUUCCUCUGUGGCCAAAGGAAGCUUAGGAACAGUUCCUGCAGAGAGGACCCAGCGAAUAAUACAGGAAGAGAUGGAAGUCUGUGGUGAGGCAGCAGGAAGGCACCCCAGCAACUAUAAUGCCUGGUCCCAUCGCAUCUGGGUGUUACAGAGUGUGGCCAAGCUGGAUCUCAAGAUCCUUCUUGAUGAGCUGUCUUCUACUAAACACUGGGCAUCCAUGCAUGUCUCAGACCACAGUGGAUUUCACUAUCGCCAGUUUUUGUUGAAGUCUUUGAUUAGCCAGACUGCGAUGGACACUUCUAUACUGCAGCAAAACUCUUUGAAAAAUGAGCCAAAAGAUGAAGAAGCAACAGCUUCAACAGAGGAACCGAGGGUAAAUCUUACCCAGCUCCUAGAAGAAGAAGUAGACUUCUGCACAGAUCUUAUUGAUUCCUAUCCAGGACACGAAACCCUUUGGUGUCAUAGGCGGCAUGUUUUCUACCUUCAACAUCAUUUAAAUGGCAGGUUUCCUCCCAGUUUGACUCACCUGUCACCUGCAGACUGCUCUGGGGGGGCUUUGAAUGACUUGCACCUGGUUCCAGCAAGCCCUCAACUAUCUCAGGCAAUGGAAGUGGACGGACUGAAUGACUCCAGCAAACAAGGCUAUUCCCAGGAAACCAAGCGACUGAAACGGACCCCAGCUCCAGACUCUCUAGGCCUAGAGAUGGAGCACAGGUUUAUUGAUCAAGUAUUAUCCACUUGUCGGAAUGUAGAGCAAGCCAGGUAUGCCAAUGCAUACAGGAAAUGGCUGGUGACUUUGAGUCAGUGAAAGGGGUGGAUUCAUCCUAAGAAAUUCCCCUUUUAGUGCAAUAUUGCUUUCCUUUCUCAAUGCCAUAGUUGCAUGAACUGACUGGCUAACUAUGUAUUCUUCUUCAUCUAGAGCUUAAAAGUCUGUGAGAAACCUUUUGUUUUAUUUAUUUUGUUAAGAGCCGGCAUUCCUUUGGGUACAGAAUAACUGUAUAGUUCCUUCUUGCUACACAAUGAGUCUUAAUUUUUUUUUUUUUUUCUGUUUGAUUCCAUGCCCUUUCUGUUUCAGUAUUUGGACUUCUCGUUUGGUUCUUGAGAUUGGUUCGCACACCUUUACCCACCUCAGUUCCGUUGCUACAUAAGCAAUUUCUUUAGAAAUUGACAAUUUAAGUUGCAGUUCAGCUUAAGAAUAUUAGUACCUGUGCAGAAGGACUUGAUCUAAUUGCAGUUUUGAGAAUAAAAUGGCUAGGUGGGUGGAUAUGUGAAAAUGUGAGCCACCUCUUUCUCAAGCAUGUUCUCCAGUUACCGACUCAGAGAAGAACCAAAGCCAGGAGUGUUAGAAUUUAUAUAGAAAAAAAAAAUGCUUCCAAUGUAAUCUAUUUUUAAAUGAUUAUUUAAAAGAAACUAAACUAAUUUAAGAGUUUAUGUAAUUGUAGUACUGGAAAAUUAUUUUUAUUACUAGUUUUGAUAGAUUGUUUUUACCUCAUAUUUGGUAUAUGCCAAAACAGUAAGUCAGCCCUUAUAAAAUAAAUUGUUUUUUUUUAAAAAAAAAAACAGAAAUGCCACUUUUAGUUAUUACUACUUUUUUCCUUCUAAAAUCACUCAUGAAAAGUGGGAGAAAUCUACAUAGAAAUGUAGUCCUGGAAAGCUUCCUUUUUAAAAAUUUAAGUUACUGAGGUUAUACUGGAUAAACUGCAAAGUUUUUGUCAAGUGGCUAGUCAGAGUUUACUGGGAAAAUCCAAGGAGGAAGACUAGUUUUGAGCAUUAAUUCAAUUUUUACUUUUAAAAUCAAACAAAACACUUUGAUACUAAAAUCAUCAGGGAUAAGUACCAAAGUCCAUAUAGCUAUAUCUCAAUAACAAGGGCUGUGUUUUUCAGGUUGGUGAAGUGGGGUGGAAAUGGGUCAAGUACCGUCUCCGUCUCUCUUCUCCAUCCACCCCUUCGGAUGAGCUGUGAUUCCCCUGUGCAUCCCUUCUCUUUAUCCAUCACUCACUGGUCCGUAUUUUUUUCUCAUGUGUCCUUUUUGUCAGGGAUGCCCACUGAAGCUAUUAUCUCUCUUUGCUCGAUGAAUUUAAUACCUGUCUAUAAACACAGGAAAUAUGAAUAAGAGAUGCCACUCUCAUACUCCCUUUUAAUGGUUGUCUUGGUUUGGGUUUCUAUUGCUGUGGCGAAACACUAUGAAUAAAAGGAACUCGGAGAGGAAAGGGUUUAUUUUGCCUACGCUUCUGGGUAACAAAUAGUCCAUCACUGAGGCAAUAACUCAAGCAGGACAGGAGCCUAUAGGUAGGAGCUGAUGUAGAGGCCAUGGAGGAGUGUUGCUUACUGACUUGCUCUCCAUGGCUUGUUCAUCUGGCUUUCUUACAGCACCCAGGAAUGCCAGCCCACAGAGUGGCCCCAUUCACAGUGAUCUGGGCCCUCUCCCAUCAAUCACUAAUUAAGAAAAUCUCCUAUAGGCUUGUUUGUAGCCCAAUCUUAUGGAGGCACUUUCUCAAUUGAGGUUCUCUCUUCUCGGAUGAAUGUAGCUUGUGUCAAAUUGACAUGAAACUAAGCCUGCACAGUGGUAGAAGCUGUCUCUUGUCUGCGCGUGCAGAAUGUAAGCAAUGAUUACAGAAAUAAGCGCAGCCCUCAUGUUUGGCGUGUUCUCUUUCACAGUUGGUACUCCGCAGUGUAGGUAGAAGGACAAGGGGAAAGGCAAACCACUCUGGUCUCACCCUAGUGGGAACUUGCACUUGAGGUAGGCACACUUCAUUAAGAGGGGAAAAAAAAAACCUUUAACUUGGGCAUCAUGGUCUUAUGGGGUGGCAGCCUGCUGAGCUGAGUGACGCACUUAGGAUACUAGAAAAAACAUUUCUACUGACAGCAGUACAAAGAUCUUACUCUCUUGGAGCAGUUAUUUUUACUGUUUUACAGUAUUUAGAUGAUAAAAUACUCGACAUUGUGAACAUAAUUCCACAGCCUUCUAUAUACAAAGCAUAGUUUGAAUCAUCAAAUACCUCAAGUUCUACAUGGGUCUCUAUAGGAAAACAGUUACAUGAUGUUUAGCUCCUCUGAGAUUGAGUAGAAAUGACCCAGCAGUUCCUGCUGCCGAAUCCUGUCUUUUUUUGGUAUUACCUUUUCCCCCAGCAUCCUUUUUAGUUUCCCAAGGAAUAGGACUUGCAUUUGAUGUAGUGUGUCAGGACAUGAGCAUAGGCUAUGCUGUAUGAACAUCAACUAAAUUUGUAUAGUGUCCAUGCCUUUUUAUAUCUCCUACUCAGCGUCUUGGUCAUCUUUGGUGUUAGCUGCCUUCUUAUGUCUGCCAAGGCUCAGCCCACCCCUCCCAGAAGCCAUGGAGUCCUCUAAUAUACCAUGGUCUCUUCUUCCUAGUAUGGUUGGAAGUAGGUAGUAAAACUACAGAUAUCUAAAAGAUCCUGUUUGUGUGCGGCUUUUCUGUGCUACAUUAUUUCUGAAGUCAGCAUUUGCAAGAGUUAGUUCACAGGACUUAGGAUUUCCCUGUAUAUUUUCCCUGAGCGUUUACCGUUUACCCUCUCUAGCAAGCUACUGUGUCUUUGACCAAAUGAACUAAUGCAAUAGAAAGAACAUGUAUAAUUUCGGGGCUUGUGUAGUCAUAUUCUUCUGUACAUAAGUUGUUGAUAAAAAGAAAAGAUGGUUUAAACUGA